GUAUGUUCAGGUUCACCCGAUGCAUUAUUAGUUUGGCAUAGUAUUUCAGCAAUACUGACGUCGAAAUCAAAUCUCUACAAUUAUCGUGAAACACGCUUUGCAACAUGCAAUACAACAUUAAUGCUCAUAAAUUGUGAAACGAAUCACUUCGGCAAUCUUCGGAUACUACUCGACGGCUGUUCCAAUUACUUCUUCCUGUUUCAUCAGGUUUGAUCUUGAAAGGGAGGCGCCAUCUUGAUUUGUUCGGUGUUCUACCCGCUUUGCUCGUCGGAGCUGUGCCUCUUUCGCGAGCCAUCGAAUUCAUCGUACCUGUGACAAUUCUGAGUCGAACAUCAUCUAUAAGGGUCAACAUUACACACACAGCAAACAGAGUGUUAGCGGCGGACAGUCGACGCACGUCGCCAUCUUGGAUAUACAGCCAGUGUGAUGUCAUUCUGCCGAAGAAACCAUAUCUCUUCCGGGAAAUCGUGAAGUUUACUUCUGGACUGAUUCAUACAAUUUGUGUUUAUUUGAACAAUUUCACUUGUUGUCACAAUGCCUAUCAGACGGCAACUCAAAAAUGUUGUGAACAAUUACACGGACUCGCAGGUCAAAGUGCGUGAGGCAACCUCCAAUGAUCCAUGGGGUCCAUCUAGUUCAUUGAUGACCGAAAUUGCCGAUCUCACAUACAAUGUUGUUGCAUUCUCUGAGAUUAUGGCGAUGCUGUGGAAACGUUUGAACGACCACGGCAAGAAUUGGCGGCAUGUCUACAAGUCGCUUGUCGUUUUGGAUUAUAUAAUAAAAACGGGCUCAGAACGUGUUGCGCAGCAGUGCAAAGAAAAUAUCUUUGCUAUACAAACAUUGAAAGAUUUCCAGUUCAUUGAUAGAGAUGGCAAAGAUCAGGGAGUAAAUGUUCGGGAGAAAUCCAAGCAGUUGGUGUCGCUUUUGAAAGAUGAUGAGCGACUGAAACAAGAGCGAGCCAGAGCAUUGAAAGCCAAGGAGAGAUUUGCACAGGCAUCAUCGGGUAUUGGGAGCAAUUCAGAAUAUGGAAAAGAGUCAACUGAAAGAACUGGAGGAUAUCAGACAGGUGGUACUCCUGAUAAUCAAAACACAGACCCUGCGUCAGAGUCUGCUACCACUCCCCCAGUAAAUCCAGGAGAAUUAGAACAAGCUCGCCCUCAGACAACUGGAGAGGAAGAACUGCAGCUGCAGUUGGCCUUGGCAAUGAGCAAAGAAGAAGCAGAUGAAAGUGAUCGUCAGAAACGAAGUGAUGAUGUCAGAUUGCAGAUGGCCUUGAAUGAGAGUUUAGAUGAAAAACCGGAGGUUGUCAGUGGAGGAGGAGGGGGAGGAAGUGCAUUGUUAGAUCUGACUGAACCUCUUCCUGUUAGAGCUGCUACAAUGCCUACAUCUGAUCCAUGGGGUGCAGUUGAGACAGAUGUCGCCCCUGUUGCUGCCGACCCUUGGGGAUCUCCAGCUGUAGUAGCACCACCACCAGCAGCAGCACCACCACAACCUAAUCCUUGGGGAGAACCCAUUGUGUCACAGUCACCACCACCACCUCAACCACCACAUCGCGUAGCUACAGAUCCAUGGGGGUCUCCAGCCCUACCUAGUCACAGAUCAGCGUCGCCUGCUGCUGAUAUAUGGGGGUCGCCACCAGUCACGAGUAACGUAGCUACCAGUCAAGCAGCUGCCUGGGGAGGUGAAUCUUCAACAGAUCCUGAUGCUGAUUUUGAUAGCAUUCGUAUCGGGGGUGGUAUUGGGAAUAAUGAUCCUUUCGGAGGUCCUCCAGCUGCUAGUGCUAUGCCUGUUGAUAACAUGUUUGAUAUGGGAUCAAUGGGCGUAGCCUUAUCAUCCAACAGUCAAGACGAGAAAAAGAAAUCAGCAUCUGAUUUCCUUGGUGAAAACUCCAGUUUGGUGAACUUGGACUCUUUGAUUGGACCAACUCCACAGCAGCAAGUAGCCCAGCCAGGAUCUACAAAUCCGUUCGCAGUGAACACAACAUCAAAAUCCACCAAUCCAUUCCAAGUGCAGCACUCGGCAUCUCCAACGUUGAACCAGAUGAAGCAACCCGCAACUAUGCCUAUGACCGCAUACGGCUCACAACUGCCGCAGCCUAUGCUCCCAGCAGCCAAUGUACCCCAACAGCAGCAGCAAUCAACCAAUCCCUUUCUCUUCUAGAGAACGUCAUCAGACUAGACAUUAAUAUAAAGUAAAGUCUCUUGAUCAAUAGAAGUCUUUAUUUGGGUUACUUCAAUGUAUAAGGCUUUACACACUCAAAACAUUGUAUUCUUUGUAAAAAAAAAAAAAAAAACUAAAAUAAAAUGGUAACUGUAGGCAUAACAUAGUUAAAAUCGUAAUUAAAAAUGUAUAUACAUCUCUGCAUGCAUAAUGAAAUCUCAAAUAUUUAUCACUGAAUAAAUAAACGCAUAUUGAAAUGUACGGUGCAUGGAACAUUUUAAAUAUGUUUAAAUAACACCUAGACUAGGAUUAUGUUGAUGAGUGUGUUAUUCUGCAAAGGCAUGGAUUCUACAGAGCUGAACUAUGGACAACAUUCUGCAGCUGCUAACAGUCUGUUGGUUGAUUCAUCCCCCACUAUGAUGAUGUUGCUGCUGCAGCAGCACGUGUACAAUAAUGCAACUGAUCUUGUUCCACACUGGUAGAUGGUUGCAAAGCAAAACUAAUAAAAUCUGUACACAUACAUGAAGUAGUGUUCAUGCAAUACAGAUUAUCGAUGGGAAAGUGUUAAUAUCCAUGGUUCGUAUUUUUAGUCUCGAACAUGCAGAUGCACAUGGCAUUGCAUUUAUAUAUAAUGUUGCAUUUUUGAAAGCUCAAACAUAUAGCUAUGAUUCCAUAGUAGUGUUCUGCAUGUUUUGCGUUUGUUGGCGCCUUUGGAGUUCAAAUGCGAAACGUGCAAGUCUGAGUUUAUUCUGUGUCUUUGCCAUGUACAGCGGAGACAGCAGAUGUGUCUAGAAAUAGUGUCUGUAUUGUCAUGAAAAAAAUGUUCUCAUCAUUGUGUUGUACUUAAUUUAUUCAUAGCUUUACCAGUCUUGUGAAUAUCUUUCCCAUAUUUUAAUGGAAAUGUAUUUGAUUUGCCCUCCUUCAGUUUUGGAUAUUAUUUUGAAUGAAAGAAAAGAUUUCUUAUAAACAGUCUUCUCACAAAUCUAGAGAAGUCAAGUCAAUUCUAUCCGUUCUUAAGUGUGGUUAUAGGUCACAUUUUUUAAAUGUGCGACUCUCGGAUUUCUAAAGGUUAUUUGGAACAUGGAGGUUCGGAGAAUAUCUAAAAUAGUCUCUCAGUAGCGUACAAUGUGUUUACAUGAAGUGAUUUGCAUUUAAAAAAAAAUGUCGUAGAGUUUAAAGUAAGUUUCUCUGCCAUUGAGCUUCAGCAAUAACUUUAUUCCAGUGUAACCAACUUUAUUUUUUUCUUGUUGCCAGGAUAAUAUUGUAUGCUAACAAAUUAAAACCUGUAUAUUCAAAAAUGUUUAAAAACUACCUUGAUCUGGCGUGUUUUAUCUGUAUUAAUGAAUAAUUCUCUGUAUUAAUAUUUUAUGAAAAAAAAUGUUUAAGGCAUCACCUGCUGGACGUUUCCAUGGAUAGCUAAAAUGAAAAGUGGAAAAAACAAUGAUGUCAAGUUUUAUUGUUUACCGACAUGAAGAUUAACUGCAGUCACCGAGUAAGGUGUACAGCUAUGUACAGUUUAAGUUUAGAAUCUGCAUGCCUUCUCAUAAAUGAGAUUCAUUUGAUUAAUUGGCAAGUCAAGAUGAAAAUAUAGUUGGCAUUUGAUCAAGGUUGGAAUCGGUGAUGCUGGCGAAUAUUGAAUACUAGUCUGUUAAUUUGGAACUUCAAGUCAAUAAAAGCAUGGCAUGUACUAAAGUUAAUAUUGUGUUUGCAAAUGGUUAGUAGUUAUUCUGUCAAGUGGAAUUGUACAUUUUUUUUUCCACCAACGCCAUGUGGAUAUGAAGUCUUGUUAAAUAUUUGCUUCAAGCAAAGAUAGUCAAAACUGUCCAUUAGCAGUGUUCUCGCAAUGUAGAAUAGAUUUCCAGUUCUCAAAUAGAAUUGUUUUGUAAAGAAGUGUCACAUAGCUUAACAGCCUUUUUUCACCGACAUGUAUAGACUUAAAAUAAUUGACUAGCUAUUUUAAAGACGUAUUCUGAAAAUGUAUUGUACCAACUAAAAUUGGUACUGAUAUUGGGUAUGCUUGUUUAUAUAUUUGAAAAAGUAAAAUGUAUCUAUGAAAGAAGUGUAUUUGAAUGUGUUGCAAUGAAUGAAUAAAUAACACAAAACAUAA